UCAUACUCGUAAUUAAUUAUGUCACUUUGUGAAGUAAUGCACAUAUAAAUAGACACAGAUAAGACUUAUUUGUUUUGGUACAAACGAAAAAACUGAUAAGAAGACAAAAUCGUGGUCAGAAACAUCGAUAAAUCAGUCAAAAUGUUGCCACUGAGAACUGUCAAUCGAAGAGUAACAAAUUUUGUUAAAUUUAAAUCUACAGCCAGUUUUAAAGAUGUCGCCAUACCUGGAGUAACCCUUCCUGAAUACAUAUUCACCGAGUGUGAAAAAUAUGGAAGUCUUACGGCCAUAAAAUGUGGUCUCACUGGAAGAAAAUACACCUACAGUGAAAUUAUAGCUGACUCUGUCAAACUUAGUAAAAGUCUUCGCCGGAACCUAAAGUUGAACGAAAGGGAUGUUGUGGCCUUAUUUUUACCAAAUCUGCCUGAGUACCCUAUAGCGAUAUUGGGGAUUUUACACGCCGGUUUGCUAGUUACCACAAUCAACCACUCCUACACCAGUGACGAAAUUUAUCGCCAAUUAAGCGACUCGUUAGCAAAAGUUUUAAUCACCACGCCUGAUUUAUUACCCACAGUUAACACUCAUAAAUUUGACUACACGUUACCAGUUGUAACAAUAAAGACACGUCAAAACCAAUCGAUUUGCAACACAAUCGACUUUCGCGAAUUCGUAGACAAAGGUCAAGAGUUGUCAGAAGUCCCAAACAAGACGAUAAGUGAUGACGUGGCAUUUUUACCAUAUUCCAGCGGUACCACCGGACUACCAAAGGGAGUGCAGCUCACCCAUCGCAACGUAGUAGCAAACCUGUGCCAAAUGCCAGAAGUCCAGAUUUUUGAACCAGCAACCACAAACCACCAAGACGUGGUACCAGGAGUGGCACCCAUGGCCCACAUUUUCGGGUUUUUCAUGAACACGUUCCUGGUGCUUGCAAACGGGGGUCAGAUUGUAACCCUCCCUAAGUUUACCCCGCACGAGUACUUAGAGCUACUCAAAACACACAAAGUCACCGCUUUACUUGCAGCCCCUCCCACAAUUUUGUUCUUAACCCAAAAUUCCAUGGUCAAAAAGACGGACUUGGGGGCAGUCAGAACCGUCUUCUCUGGAGGGGCACACCUAAGUACCAUCGACCAAGACAAGUUCGUCGAAAAGAUGGGAACCCACAUGUGUGUACUUCAAGGUUAUGGGUUGACGGAGACUUUGUCGGUGACGGCAAAUUCGCCCCAGUUUAGCGUCAAAGGGUCAAUUGGGAGACCCCUUCCCAACACUCUGGUUAAAAUAGUGAACCCUGAAGGACACUCUUUGGGUGCUAACUCUUCCGGAGAACUACUAAUCAAGGGACCGCAAGUGAUGCGAGGGUACUUGAAUCGUCCAGAGGAAACCCAGAAGGUGUUGGUUGAUGGGUGGUUUAGGACCGGUGAUGUGGGACACUAUGACGACGACGGGUUCUUUUUUAUCACUGAUCGGUUCAAAGAACUGAUUAAAGUGAAAGGGUUUUCAGUAGCUCCGGCUGAACUUGAAGAGGUUAUUAAGCGUUUUGGGGGUGUAGAAGACGCUGCUGUGAUUGGAGUUUCGAGUUCUAGGUACGGGGAGAUUCCAAGGGCUUAUGUUGUGUUGAAGGACAAACGGGUGGAUGUUGAGGGUUUGGAGAAGUAUGUGAAAGGGCAAGUUGCUGAGUAUAAACAAUUGAGGGGCGGUGUGGAGGUGGUGGACGUCAUUCCGAAGAGUUCUUCUGGGAAGAUUCUAAGGAGGGAGCUGAAAAAUGAGUAUGAAAAGAAGUGUACAGGGAGUGGGAAAUAAAGGGAAUUUUGUAAUCAA